AUGAUAAACUUUAAGCGUCAAUUUCCUAAUAGUCCUUUCGUGGUGGAUAGAUUUGUUAAAGAGCAUAAUCAUGAGAUGGCUUCACCGAAAAAGAGUCACUUGUUAAGAUCUACUCGUUCAAUAACUAAAACCAAAGGGCUAGUGAUUGAAAAUAAGGUUAACGUUGGUAUAAAGCCGACUGCAACAUAUUCUUACUUGGCAGAAGUUUCUGGAGGGACUGAUGUUUUAGGUUAUUCAAAAAAAGAUUAUUUUAAUUUUAUACAUGAGUUGAUGAAAUCUAAGGUGGAAGCUGGGGAUGCUCAGAGUGUUGUUAAUGAAUUUAAUAACAGACAAGCAAAUGAGACACUCUUUUAUUGGGAUGUUCAGCUUGAUUUGGAAGGGAGUAUAACUAACUUCUUUUGGAGAGAUGGUCGAUCUAGAAUUGACUAUGAGAUAGUUGGUGACGUUGUGUCUUUUGAUACCACAUAUCGAACAAAUAAGUAUCGUAUGAUUUGUGCACCAUUUAUUGGAAUAAAUCAUCAUUGGCGGAAUAUAAUUUUUGGUUGUGCUUUUUUAUCUGAUGAGUCUGCAGAAUCUUUCAAAUGGUUGUUCUCUACAUUUUAA